GGCCUUAGUCUUACUAACUAGGUACUGGAUAAAAUCAGCUGGCGACGCACGAUAGCUAUGUUAUUUAUUGAUAUAAAUAAGGUAGGAGAUUGACAGGAACAUGAACACGUAAAAUGGCACUCGUAGAAAAUUAAAGGAUAUUUAGUUAUUUGUAUCUGGCAUUGAUAUAUAACAAGCUCUGGUAGUGCCACCAUACUGUGUCAGCUGGCGAGUUUUCCAGAAAAUAGUAUGGCCCGUUCUGCCCUGAAAUGGCUGCCCUCCCACAGAAACGUUUCUACAGACAAAGGGCUCACUCGAACCCAAUAGCUGACCACUGCUUUGACUAUCCAGUGUCUCCAGAUGCCAUGGACUGGUCGCCAUACUUUCCACACUAUUUUGGCAAGGACUGCACUGCCAGUGACCAGGCGGAAAAGCAACAACAUCUGGUGCGGUUCGCCGACAUUGGGUGUGGAUAUGGCGGACUGCUAGUUCGGCUGUCGACCAUGUUUCCCGAGGUGCUGAUGCUGGGGAUGGAGAUCCGCGUCAAAGUGUCCGACUACGUCUCAGACCGGAUCACGGCUCUGCGGGCCCAGCACCCGGGCCAGUACCAGAACGUGGCCUGCCUCCGCUCCAACGCCAUGAAGUACCUCCCCAACUUCUUCAGAAAGGGACAGCUGACCAAGAUGUUCUUCCUGUUCCCCGAUCCACACUUCAAGAAGGCCAAGCACAAGUGGCGCAUCAUCAGCCCGACUCUACUCAGUGAAUACGCCUACGCUCUGCAGGAAGGGGGUAUGGUGUACACUGUGACGGACGUCAAGGACCUGCACGAGUGGAUGGCCAAGCACCUGGAGGAGCACCCCCUCUUCCAGAGGAUUGCUGACGAGGAACUGCCCUGGCACGCGCUCCACUGGCACGUCUGCAGCGCACGGGCUGGCUGCGCGAUGGGACCAAAGCUCUGCGCGGUCUCUGCGGUCGGCACAAGAUCCGCAGAUCUCACCUGUGGUCUGCGACGCCUCCCGCCACCAGAUGCCGAUGGACCUUCAAGAUCGACCUCUUCAGCCGCACCGACCGUGAGCUACCACCACACGUAGUGAACGCCAUGUUUGAGGAGGUCCUGGCCGACACCAGCAGUGAGCUCCCACAGCCCCUCGUCGUCCUGGCCACUGACGGUUCUGUCACCACAAGCGCCCCAAGAUCGGGAUGGGGGUGUGUGAUGAGGGAGUCAGACGGCAGCCUGCAGACCCACCGUGGAGGCUGUAACCUUCGCCUCUCUAGCAUGAGGGCUGAGCUGGAGGCCAUCUU